AUGCUUACCUUUCCUUUGCUGUGGCUUCUCUGGGGCACCAGUUCUUAUGCUUUCCCUGUGUUCCAAGAUGGACAGAGGAGAGAUGUGGAGACCGUCUGGAAAUACCUGGAAAACUACUACAACUUGGACAAGGACACAGCGGUUAAAAACCUAAGUGGCAAGGAGUUGAUGGCUGAAAAGCUGAAGCAAAUGCAGCAAUUAUUUGGGCUGAAAGUGACGGGAAAGUCAGAUCCUGAAACCCUGCGAGUGAUGAGGAAGCCCAGAUGUGGGGUGUCUGAUGUGGCCCCAUAUGCCAUCAAUCACUACACUCCUCGUUGGACAAAAACACAUCUGACUUACAGCAUUUUAAACUACCCACCAUAUCUGUCAAGAGAAGCUGUGGAAGAUUCCUUUGAGAGAGCCUUCAGACUCUGGAGUGACGUGACACCACUAACAUUCUCACGGGUCUUUGAGGAGGAAGGAGAUAUUGUGCUAGCCUUCUACAGAGGAGACCAUGGCGACAAUAACCCUUUUGAUGGACCUGACUAUCGCCUUGCUCACACUUUUCAACCAGGCCCGGGAAUUGGGGGCGACGUUCAUUUUGAUCUUGAUGAUAGGUGGACUGACACCAAUGAGAAUUUCAACUUGUUUUACGUUACGGCUCAUGAACUGGGUCACGCCCUUGGACUCACCCAUUCUUAUGAUAUAGGGGCACUAAUGUUCCCCAGCUAUACAUGGUACACUGAGGACUUUGUGCUAAACCAGGAUGAUAUUAAUCGCAUCCAGGCUUUAUAUGGGCCGUCCCCAAAUCCCAUCCAGCCAACUGGUGCAACAACUCCAACUCCAUGUGAUAGUCGUCUGACCUUUGAUGCCAUAACUACAUUUCGGGGAGAGGUGAUGUUCUUUACAGGCAGGUUCUACAUUCGUGUAAAUAGAUUCAUGCGGGAACCUGAGCUCAAUUUGAUAGGUAUUAUCUGGCCAAAUGUGCCAGGUAAACUUGAUGCUGCUUACGAAGCUAGCAUGAUGAAUGAAGUCCGCUUUUUCAAAGGUGAUAAGGUCUGGGCUGUUCGCACACAGAGUGUCCUGAGAGGAUUCCCCAUCGAUAUCCACAGCUACUUUGGCUUCCCUAGCUACGUGACCCAAAUUGAUGCCGCUGUUUGUGAGGAGGAAACUGGGAAAACAUACUUCUUUGUUGACGAUAUGUGCUGGAGGUAUGAUGAAUACAGGCGGUCCAUGGAUCCAGGCUAUCCCAAAGCAAUAGCAGAGGACUUCCCUGGAAUUGGAGAUAAAGUUGAUGAUGUUUUUGAGAAAGACGGAAAUUUCUACUUCUUUCACCAAAAUAUUCAACACAGAUUUAACCUCCGAACGAGAAGAGUCGAUGCUACCCGUGGCUCUCAAACCUGGUUCAACUGCUAA